UAUUAGACAGUGCUUCAGGCCGGUGCAAUGGGAGCAUAGAGUGAAAUUAUGAUUGUAUGAUAACAACAGUCCAGCUUCGUCUGGAUGCAGUUUCGGAUCAUUGCAGAAAUGAAGAUCUGGAGCACGGAGCACGUAUUCAGCUACCCUUGGGAGACAGUGAUCAAAGCAGCUAUGAGGAAGUAUCCCAAUCCAAUGAACCCCAGUGUUGUUGGAGUGGAUGUUCUUGAUAGGAACUUGGACAAAAAUGGACGUCUUCACAGUCAUCGGCUCCUGAGCACGGAGUGGGGCCUUCCAGGGGUUGUCAGAGCGAUUUUAGGGACAAAUCGAACCAUCACAUAUGUAAAAGAACAUUCCAUUGUGGACCCAGAAGAAAAGAAAAUGGAGCUUUGCUCAACAAAUGUGGAGCCGGCAUGCGUGAUCGAUCUCGUGGAAACGCUGAUCAUGAUAACACUAAAAAAUUUAAUAUCUGUUGAUGAAAGACUUGUCUACAGGCCUCAUCCAGAAAAUCCAGAUGUCACUGUAUUGACCCAAGAAGCGAUUAUCACAGUGAAGGGGGUCAGCCUUAGCAGCUACCUUGAGGGACUGAUGGCUCUAACCAUGUCAGCCAAUGCAAAAAAGGGAUGGGAUGCAAUUGAGUGGAUCAUCCAAAACUCUGAAAGGGAGAAUGUCCCUCUAUGUGAGCUGUGUUGAACAGUGGUAACGUUUCAUCUAGCAUCUGUUUUUGAGCCCAUGAAUGAGGACCACAUGAUGAGGAGUGACAUAAACAGACCAGCUCUGGAACCACAACUGGCCUACCUCAGCUCUCUUUGUGUUGAUGUUUAUACAAAGUGUGUCAAGGUAGUCAAAUGUGCUCAUUUAUGCACUGAUGUAAAAAAGAAUUAAAAACCUCAUCAUUUUGCACUGUUACAGAAGAAUCUGUUUAGAGUUUUGAAUGUCGCAAUGCACUGCACUGACUACCUCUUUAGUCUUCUUUUAAUGUGAUAACAGGGGUACCAGUAUCAAUUGGAGCUUGAUUUGUAAUUGAGCACCUUAAAGUUCAGAAUAAUAUCUAAGUUAACUUUUUGGUGUUCUUAAUCUUUGUUUUGUGAUUGGGAGGGUGUUUAAAUUUAUUUGUCAAAAACAUCUUGACUUUGAUUCUAUCUGUCCAAAUGGUUUGUUUCUGAAAGUUAAGGUUUGCAUGAGACUGAAAGUGUAAUUAGCCUAAAAAUCUUGCUAAAACUUGCAGGAUAGGUACUAUAACUUAUCAAAAGUCUGUUUGUAGUAUAUAUGUUUUAAGAAAGUCCUUCUUUCUUUUGUUGUCAACCCAUUUGUAAGGCAUUUAGUAGAAUGAGCAAUUGCUCAUUAAUGAUUCAUGUUUUUUAAAAAAAGGAAAAAAAAGUAUAUUUUAUUCUUUUAUGGAUAGGUAAGCAAAGUAUGCUUUCUAUAUUAUUGUGGAAAAUAUUACAUGUUUGUUAAAUUAUUAAUUCUGAAUGGUUUAUUGUAUUUGAAAGUUCUCAUUGUGUUAAAUUCAGUAUAAGGACUUUAAAUCUUUGACAGUUUAAAAGAAUUAUAAACUACGUUGAAUGAUUUUGAAGGCCAUAGAGCCCCCUAUUGGUGAGAGAAAAAGUAAAAGGAUUUUAAGAGAGUGACUUAAAUUAUGCAUUUGAGAAAAAUAAAACCUCUCUUGUGCAGGCUGGAAGCACCUUGAGUGAUUUAUGUUUGGUUUCAUAACAAAUGAUAAUGAGGACAAGAUAUGUAGUCUCUAUACAUUUUCUUUGUAAUAAGCUGUAAUGAACUAUUGUUAAAUUUACUGAGUUUGAACUUAAAGCAAACCAAAUUAAGUUGCUAGUCAUACAGCUUCAGGCUAUAAGUGCUAUAAUGCUGUUGUACUCCUCCACUGGAAAAAACUUGUCAGCAUCUUUUCUCCAAUGUUGUAACAUAACCAAGCAGAUGUAAACUGCUGUGUAGCAGUCAGUUUCAAGAUUAGUUUAAAAUAUGGACACAGAUUUUGGAAUUUAAACAGCAAUAUGUAUUCGGCUUUGAUAUUGUUAAGAGACAGAAAUAUGUUUUAAAUGAAUUUGCUGACUGUAAUGUCAGACUAAAGCCUGUUAUUUAUAGCAAAUAAGAGUUGUUCUACAGACAGAUUUCCCAUUUAAUUGUCACGUUUUAAUGCAUAUCUGCUUUACUUGGGUAAGGGGGCAGCUAACAUUUGACAAUAAAGAAUGUAAUAUGUACCCAAAUCAAAAACAAAAAACUAAAAGUUGUGUUUUUUUUCUCUGUCAAACCCUUUUUUUCUCCACUGGUUGAGCCAUCCAUCUCUUCCUGUGGACAAAAUUGACUAUAUUUCUUCUAAAUAAAUAAAAUAAAAUUUUUGA